AUGAAUGCUCGAGCGAGGCUGCUUGCUGCCGGUAGCGUGUAUGUUGAGAUCGUGCUGAGAAGGGCGCUUGAUCUUCUUCUUGUUGCUGCCGUUCCGGCGGAGGUGGUGGUGAAGAGAGUGGUCAUCGUGCGCGUGGCCCGCCUGUUCGGACUGAUGGUAUCGGAGCCGAAGACAGAGAUCAUGUGCAUGCUGCCGAAAGGGAUCGAGGAACGCCCGUUCACGGUCAGCGCCGCCGGCCAGACGUACAAGCAGACAGAUCGGUUUGUGUACCUCGGACGUACCAUCUCCGCGGACGGGAAGGCCGACCGGGAGAUCACGAGCCGCAGCUGCCGAGCGUGGAAGUGCUACCGCNAACGGCGACCGGGCACUGCUGUAGAAGCGAGUAGGGCGGCCGAGGCAGCACUUGUGGCGAUUUAUGUACCCGGCUGACAUUGUUGCGCCCUGUUUCCCUCCCUGCUGUGUGGGAAGCGUCCUCAUUUUUUUUUUUUUUUAAUCUGACACGACGAGUCCAUCUCUAUCAUAGAAAAGAGUCAGAGACAGAUUAACAAUGGAAUCAUAGCGUCAGAGAAAACUACCUGUAUGUCUACGAUUUCCCAGACAGUAUAUAGGGACAUCUCCCCUGCGGGUAACAGGCUCAACAAAUCAGUUUGGUAGCUGUCUUGUGUGUCUCAUAUAUGUUAUGUUGGGAAGGUGCAGACGAGAGGUGUUGGGUACUGUUGGUUAGUCGGGCGUUUUGUGUUCGGCACCCUGUUAGUUGUAGGACAUACAGUCUCCAUCAGUUUACAUACUUAUUUUCAGUUUGGUAUGCAUAUGUGCGGAGUAUGUGCGGCUGAUUCCAUCUCUAUCAUAGAAAAG